AUGCAGAUGUCUUUGGGCCUUGCUUGCUUUGCAUGCAUGGCGGUGCCCCAAAUUGCAUGCCGUUAUUAUCUCCUUCCUUAUGUUAAGCCAUCAGCUGAUGCAGCAACUACACAGACAAAGAAACAAACACGCACGCAAAAAGAUUCAGCAUCUUCUUCUAGUCAGAGUUCCAAGAGUCAAUCAGAAACUGCAGAAUCACAACUUCCUUCCAAGAGAGGUUCAAAAAAGAAAGGAGCAAAGGCUAUUUCCCUCGUUGAGGCAGCAAAAGGUUCUAUUGUCUUCAAGCAGGGGAAACCUUGUUCAUGCCAAGCACGACAACAUAACCUUGUCAGCAACUGCUUAUCAUGUGGCAAGAUUGUGUGCGAACAAGAGGGCGAGGGACCCUGUAGUUUCUGUGGUGCACUUGUCUUGAAGGAAGGUAGCACUUAUGCUGGUUUAAGUGAUGUCGGGCUACCUCUUUCAGAAGCAGAAGCUGCAGCUGAAGCUUAUGCAAAGAGGCUUGUUGACUAUGAUAGAAAUGCUGCAGCAAGGACUAAAGUUUAUGAUGACCAAAGUGACUAUUAUGAAAUGGAAGGAAACAGUUGGCUGUCUUCAAAGGAGAGGUCAGUCCUAAAGCAGCAGCAAGAGGAAGCUGAGGAAGCAGCUAAAAGCCAAAAGGGGAAAGUGAUUGUUACAUUUGAUUUGGUGGGCCUUGAAUUUUUGUCUAGAAGCUCUGGCAGAACAUUUGGAUGUAGACGUAAUUUGAAAAUGUUUUUUUCAGGUGAUUUUGAACAAGGAUGGAACUACUGA